AUGAAAUGUACAAGUGUUAAUAUAAGAAAUGUUUUAGAUAUAAGUUUAAAAAAAAAGAUAAAAGAAAAUACGAAUUUAAGUGAUGAUGAGAUAAUAAUUAUAUAUAAAAGAUUUAAUUACAUAAGUUCCAAUGGGAAAUUAAAUUAUGAUAAUUUUGAAAAGAGCCUAGGGAUAUUAGGAUCGAUACAAAAUGCUUAUUUAUAUAAAUCUAUAUUUAAAGCCUUCGACUUAAACAAUGAUAACUAUUUAGAUUUUUAUGAAUUUUGUGUAGCUAUAAAUAUAAUGUUGAAGGGUAAUAAGAAGGAUAAAUUGAAAUUGUCGUACAGAAUAGUGAAUGCGGGUUUUAAUUCGAAUGAAGAUGCAUGUGUUCAUAAAAGUAGUUGUAUGGUUAACAAGUUCAACACUAAAGAGGAUAAUAAUAUGAAUGGUGAUAAUAUAAAUGGUGAUAAUAAUAAUAAUCAUAAUAAUAUAAAUGGUGAUAAUAAUAAUAAUCAUAAUAAUAUAAAUGGUGAUAAUAAUAAUAAUAAUCAUAAUAAUAUAAAUGGUGAUAAUAAUAAUAAUCAUAAUAAUAUAAAUGGUGAUAAUAAUAAUAAUAAUCAUAAUAAUAUAAAUGGUGAUAAUAAUAAUAAUCAUAAUAAUAUAAAUGGUGAUAAUAAUAAUAAUCAUAAUAAUAGUCAUAAUAAUAAUAGUCAUAAUAAUAAUAAUAAGGCGGAGAAUUCCUUAGGCCAACCCCUUAACGAAAAAAACAUAAAUGAUCCCAUAAACAAACAUCGAAAUAGUCAGAGCAUAAUAUAUAAUAUAAAUGAUGAAUAUAACGAAAAAAUAAAAAAGAACAAAAAACAAGAUUAUUCAAAUUAUAUUACUUAUGAGAAUUUUGAAAAAAUUGUUUUAAGUAUUAAUGAUAUAAAAAGACAACUGCUAGGAACUGGUGACGAAAUUAUAACUAGCCAAAUAAAAUAUACGUUUCGAUCCUUAAGUAUUUUAUGUGAUGAUGGUAUUUAUAGAAUGAAUUUUGAAUGUUAUAAAAAAGCUUUAAAAUGUAAUGAAUUCUUAAAACUUUUAGGAAUACACACAAAAGUAGCUGAUGUUUUUUUACAACAUGAAUUAUUAAAAAGAAAAGACAAGAACAAAACAAAAAACGGAACUAUGAGAAAUAGAAAAAAAUAUAAAAAUGAUAGCAACAGAAUAGCAAACCAUCUUAUUAUUAAAUCUUUUUCAGAAAGUACUAACACCAGAGGAUCGAUUAUCAACGAUUCUACUAGUUUUUUAUUUUUAAGAAAACAAAAAAAAAAAAAAAAAAAAAAAAAAAAAAAGAAAAAGAAAAAAGAGAAAAAAGCAAUAUUGUAUGAAAGAAAAAGUACCUUUUCUUCAUCUAUGGAAAAUAAAAGUCAAAAUAAAAGUCAAAAUAAAAGUCAUAAUAAAAAUAUUAAAAGUGUAUCUAGAAUUUUAUCACGAGUUAAUAAAUUGUCAUCAACAGAACUUAUACCAAACGAGUGUGAUCAUAAACCAAAUGAAGAAGUUAAAAGUACAAGUGAUGUUUUAACACCUAUAUUUUUUAAUAAUGGUGAUGAAAAGAUGAACCACGACACUGACGGUAACAUGGUUUAUCAUAAGAACAAUGUAGAUGAUAACCUAGUCGAUGGGGAUGUUGUGUCACAAGGAAAAAGAUGCUCAUUUUUUUCGUCAUGUGAAAAUAAAAAAAAUGAAGAAAAUAAAAGUAUUACCUUUAAUGAUAUUAAUAGUGGUAAUAUAAAUACAAAUUCUUGUAUAAUGAAUAAUAUGAUUGUUACAAAAGAAUCAAAUGAAGAGAUAAUAAAUGAAGAAGCACAAAGUUCUUAUAUAUAUAAUAAAAACAUUUUCUGUUCUAAAUACAACACAAAAAAGGAUAAAAAUGAACCACUCAAAUGUGACCUUUUCGAGUGUAGUUUUAUUAAUAAUGAUAAGAAUAUUGUAAGAGAUGAAGAUAGUAAUCAUAAAAACGUGAGGAAAACAGACGAUUAUUUUAUAAUAGAUGAUAAUAAUAUAUUUGACAACGGUCCAAUUAUUAUAUCCAAAAAUAAAACAAACGAUAGAGAAAGGAAACUAUUGAAAACGUUUUCUUCCUCAUCAUUAAAGAAAAAAUCACUUUUGAAAAAUUAUAAUUAUCAUAUAAAAAAAAAAAAUAAGGACCCUAAUGUAGAAGAUACGAACAUGCUAUAUCAUGAUGAUAUAAAAAAAGAGUAUGAUCAUAAAGUUACAAAAAAUAAUAAGAACACCUGUAAUAAUAAUUACUAUAAUAAUGUGUCCUUUAAUAGUAGUGCUUAUUAUGAAUAUCACUCCGACAUUGAUUUGAUACAUUUUUCUAACAAUUUAAAAAAAAAAAAAAAAAAAAACGUAACAUCUCCUCGACCCAGCUCCAAAGAAUAUGAACGAAAAGUUACGUACCAUAAGGAGUGCUGUUCAAAUGAAAGGAUGAAAAAUAUUAAGGUUAAUGAAAGUGAUCUUGGUAUGUUUUGUGUAAAUAAUGAUAAAACAAAUAUAGAAGAUGUGAAAGAAAAAAAAGCAUGUGACGUGUUAAACAGAGGGUGUAUAAAAGAACAGGUACAAUGUAAAAUUAGUGAAUUUGAAAAUGACAAAGGGAAUGAAAUAUAUAUGCAGGAAUUUAAAAAAUGUAUAGAAAAAUAUAAAGAGUAUGUGAAUCAAGGGGAAGGGCACCUUAAAGAUGAGGAGGAAGAAAAAAAUGAUGACGAAGAAGAAGGUGAAGAUGGUGAAGAUGAUGAGGAGGAGAAUGACGAUGAUGAUGAUGAUGAAGAUGGCGACGAUGAUGAAGAUGGCGACGAUGAUAAUGAUGACAAUGAUGAUAAUGAUGACAAUGAUGAUAAUGAUGACAAUGAUGAUAAUGAUGACAAUGAUGAUAAUGAUGACAAUGAUGAUAAUGAUGAAAAAUCGAAUAUAAAAAUAGAAAAUAAAAAGGACGUCCCUAAUAUUCACAACAAUAAUGAUGAUGAUGGUAUUAAUUGUUGUACUAAUCUUUUUAAGGAUGAUGAUACGUUAUCAGCUCUUGAGAAAAAUGUAACAAAUAAUAAUUUGAUUAAAAUAAUGAGUGCUAAAUAUUUGUACCAUAAGUUUUUAGAAUAUAAAGAUUUUAUGAAGAACAACACAACGUUAUUUUCUCAUUUUAAUAAAAUAUAUCAACAUGAAGAUGAUAAAAUAAAUACGGAUAACAAAGAUGUGUUAAAUUAUAGACCUAAGCAUAAUAAUGAUAUAAAUUAUUAUAAUAUACCUUGUGAAGAUCAAAUAAAAAGUGAUGAAAAGAAAUCAUUAUUAAAUGUUGAAUUUGGUGAUGAUAUAAUAAAGAAAAAGUUUUUUAUUUCUUCUGUAAAUUCUCAUUAUGUGAUGAUAAAUAAUAAUUUAACAAAAGAACAGAUGUUAUAUUUAAUACGAAAUAUUUUAAUGUCCAUCGAAGAUUAUUUGAAAAAAGAAAAAAAUCGAGAUUAUAAUAAAAUAUUUUUUUUAUUUUUUUCGAUAUUUAUAUAUAACACACAAAAUGGAGGGGAUCAAAAAGAGAUGCAUGAAGAUGAAAAAUGGGAUCACACGAAUAUAAAUGAAGAUAAAAAUGUCGAAAAGAAUGAUGAUUAUAAAAAUCUAAGUAAUAAUGAAAAUAGUGUUUAUUAUAAUACAAUGCUUAGAGAAUCUUUAUGGAAUAAAAAAAAAUAUAUAAAAUUAAAUAUUUUUAAAAACAUUAUUUUAGUUAUAUCUAUCGUAAGAUAUUUUUUACAUACGAUUACUAUAUCUCAAAAAUAUACAUCUUCAUAUGAUUCAUUAGAUGAUAGUAAUAUGAUAAAAAGUAUGAACUCUUUAAAAUUGAAUGAAAUUAAUAUAUUAUUAAAUCGAGCUAGUGAAAUUUUAGAAAAAUAUUCUUUAGGUAGUGUUGAAAAUAAGAAAGUAUAUAUAAACAAAUCAAAUUAUUACAACUCCUCAAAAAAAGGUAAACUAUCUGUAUCUUUACGUCAGAAUAAACAAAAAAAAACAUUCCAUAGAAUAUUGGCUGUAUAUUUUGGUCAUGAGCGGUGGGAUUUAGUUAUGAAUAUGAUGAUAGGUAUAAGAAUAUCCUCUAUAAAAAAAUUUUCCAUAAAUGAUAUUUCAAAUUAUUUUCAUCAUAAAGAUGUUAUACAAUUACCUACAUCUAAUGCACAACACAAAGUUAUAUUUAAAAAUUAUGCCCCUAUCAUUUUUAAAAAUAUAAGAAAUUUUUAUGGUAUCAAGUCCAAAGAAUAUUUAACAUCUGUCGGACCAGAGCAGGUCAUAAGUAAUAUGGUUCUUGGAAAUCUUUCAACUCUUAGUGAAUUGUUAUCAGAGGGAAAGAGUGGAUCUCUUUUUUAUUUUACGAGUAAUGGGAAGUAUAUAAUUAAGACGGUUUGUCGAAAUAUUCAUAAUUUAUCGAAAAAACUGUUACCUAAAUAUUAUGAACAUAUUAAGAAAAACCCAGAUUCGUUAUUAACGCGUUUGUAUGGAAUCCACUCUAUUAAAUAUCAGAACAAUUUAGGAAGGAAAAAGAAGAAAAUUUAUUUCAUCGUCAUGAAUAAUUUUUUUUCAUCCAUUGUGGAGAUACAUAGAAGAUAUGAUAUAAAAGGAAGUUUAGUAGGACGAACCGUUCCAGAAACCAAAAGAGAAGACCAUACCAUAGCAUUAAAAGAUGUAGAUAUUGAUGAAUUAGGUGAUAUAAUAAAUAUCGGACCAGAAAAUAAAGAACGAUUACUUAAAGUUCUGAAAGCAGAUGCUGAUUUUUUAAAAGAAAAUAUGUUAUUAGAUUAUUCGUUACUUUUUGGAAUACAUUACAGAGAAUUAUCUAAAGAUGUGGUCAAUUGGGAGGAAACAAAAACAAACCAAAUUAAUCAUAUUUAUGAUUAUAAGGGAAAUUGCAUAGCAUCACGACCUUUCCAUCAGUGUGAUUAUGGGGGUAUCAUCAGUGUGGAUAAAAAGAAAAUAUUUUUUUUUGGAAUUAUAGAUAUUUUUACCAAAUGGAGCAUUAAAAAAAAAUUCGAGCAUACCUUCAGAACAAUACAAAAAUUUGAUGGAAAAAAUAUUUCUUGUAUUCAUCCCAAUGCUUAUGCAAAACGUUUUGUUACAUUUAUAGAAAAUCAUAUGAAAUGA